ACACAGACUGACCUACAUUGAUAGUACAAUCACUGGCUAUAGUGAACUAUCUAACGCUGAAAUUUGUUUAAAGUUACACGACUUUACCGCUAACAGUGUCUCCCUAUUAUCUUUAUACUUAAAUUGUACAAAGUAAACUGUAUCAACAUACAGUUUUCUGCUGAGUGACAUAGGAAUACCUUUUUCUUUUAUAAAGUAAGAAAAGGACUCAAAAACAUGCACACGGACGGAAGUGAUGUUGGAGAAACCGGAUUCCAAUUGUUCAGGCCCUUUCCCGCUUUCAAUGAAGAUUACACAGAAGAAAUGCCGUCAACAUCCCUACUUUCUCCACUGCUGCUGUCAUCAUGCACACAAAUAAAUGACGACCUCAAUGAAUGGCAUGAUAUAUCAAGUACAACUACAAUAGAUAAUGGCGCUUAUUCAAUUCCAACAUAUUCUCCGCAGGUCACUCUCCAGGCUGACGAUGAUUAUGUCAUUACAUCAUUGGACGGAUAUUCUGUUGCGUCAAACGACAAUUCUGGAUAUACAAGUAGUGGCAUUUCUUCUCCAGAAGCUUUAUCUUCCUCCUACUCUCCAACUGAGUCGCCAGAAACAGUGACAGAUGGUAUAUCAGUUACAUCGCGACUAAAAUGCGUUCUUAUGUCGCGCCAGAAGAAACAGAAUAAUUUAUCAGCGUCCGUACCCAACGAACAUUCCACACCUUCAUCGGCAAUUCAUAAUUAUUCAUCCGCUGAAAGAAGAGUUGUUGACAAUAAGUUUUCUGAUGAAGCAGGUAAAUAUGAGAAAUGUACAUCAAAAACUGCUCUACGAUUCCCCCCUUGCAGUGUAUGUGGUGGAACAGCAUCAGGGCUACACUACGGCGUUAAUAGUUGUGAGCCAUGUAAGGGAUUCUUCACAAGAUACCUACGGAAGAAAGAGGUUUACAAAUGUGCAAAAGAUAAUAAUUGUCCGAUAACUAAUCGUUUGAGGGGGAAUUGUAGUGCGUGUCGGUUGAAAAAAUGCUUAGCUCUUGGCAUGGCAAGGAAGAAUUCAAGACUUGGUCGGUAUAGUCUUUCUAGACGAAUGGAAACAAUUAUGCAAGUAAAUGAAUUAGAAAAACAAAACGACGAUCAAGUUAAUCAGACACUCAUGCAAGAUUUUAAUGGUAAACAUAUGAAUGAAAUGCCAAUCAUUGACACUGACAUUGAAAGUAGAAACUCGGGAAAGAUUCAAACUGAUCACCAAGAACAAGCGGAACCUGUGAGGAAUACUCAUUCUGCUUCAUUUAAAUUAAAAGCUCCCUCUGGGUUUUCAUAUAAACUUGUGAAGACUUUGGUAGAAUAUAUGGAAAGAAUUAAACCUUACGGCGAGGACAUUACGUCUAAAGAGCAAAUAAUGCAGACGCUGCUUUCCCAUUACGAAUCAUAUAAGCUGAAAAUAGACAUCUUCGGUAAUCUAAGAAGCGUGCCAAGAGACGAAUAUUUUAAUCUUCUAAAAGGUUUCGGAAUAGAAAUUGACAAAAGAAUGAUGUUCCUGAAACAAUCUGCCAACGAAAUGAUGGAUAUCAUUGAGCGAUAUUGCAAUUUUGCGAAACAAAUUCCAAAUUUUACAUGUCUGUCUAACAGAGAUCAAACUAACUUGCUGAAAUCGUCGCGUUACGAUUUCUUCAUGAUUCUUAUGCAUGAUGGAUAUUUACAUGAAAAACAGGUUUUUCUUGCACAUAAUGGAGCUGCUUUUCAUAUGGAGGAAGUUGCUGACAAAUUCUUCUCUCGUAAGCUUGUGAUUAAUGUAUGUGAUAUGUAUCACCGUUUACAAAAAUUGAAACUGAGUAAAGAAGAAAACGCUCUCCUAAUCGCUAUAUCUCUGGUAUUUACUGAUCGAUGUAGUCUAGAAAACCCCAGUCUUGUUGAACAGAUACAAUUUUCGCUGACACAGCUUCUUCAAAAACAACUUCAAAGAACUUGCCCUAGUUCGGCUUUAAGAAGAUUUACCAAGAUAAUUGAUUGUCUGACAAUUAUGCGAGAGAGUUCCGAACUGUAUCUGAAAGAAUACAGCGAACUGUGCCAGGAUGAAAUGGUUAUUGAAGAAGUGCCAAUUAUGACGGAACUCUUAUUCGAAGACUAGAAAAUUUUGCCAAUGUAAAGUCAAGAUUAUCAACGUGACUGAUUUAGUAAGAGUGUGCGAUCGUAGGUAUAUACGAGGCGUUUUGUGUUUUAUUGUACAAAUGAACUUUUCCAAAACAUUAAUAAGUAAAAGUAUUUUAUCCCAAAAGUUCCACAAGAGACAAUUACCGCAAUAUCGGAAAGAAAGUAUCGACAAACGCGAGUUAGAUGUAUUUAUCGAGAAAUGGAAAAAGUACGCGUUGAACUUUUCAUUUGCUUGGGGAUACGGCAGCGAGAAAUUGAGAGUUUAGCUGUGUUGUUUAAUUACAUUUUUAAACGUUGAACUGUCAAGUUAUUUUUGAAACAGCUUUGAAUGAUGAUUUUGAUUCAUAUUCCAUGUAUCGCUUUAUUUUAUGUAAGAAUAAAUGUAUGAUAACUUAUCGAAAAUCGGAUUGAAUUCUAAUUAAGUAAAGCAAAUUGGUUUAUUUUUAUUUUGUUAAAUGAAGAAAGUAAGUUUUUUUAAAUAAACUAUAAAGACUUACUGACAGUUUUUUCUUACCUAUCAUCAAUUCAUAUAAAUAGUUUAUAAAAAUUCUUUAAAACAUUAAUUUUCUAGUUUUCUGGUAUAAAUAAGAAUAUUACAGUAAAUGAAUUCAAUUAUUUCUGACGCAAUUUAAUCACAUGUGUUAAGUUUCCAAUUUUGUUUCGCUUGCAAUAAAUCAACGGUUGUGCUUACUGAAUAAAUAAAUCUAUUUUGUGGUUCCUAUAAUUGCAUUUGAGUUAUUUUAAUCAACGUUAAGAAAUAUAUCGAUACACAUUAACGUUUCGAAUGUCUAGCGAAUCGCACUAGAAUAUUAAUAUUAUUCAAAACACGUAUAAAGUCAAUAAAAGAUACAACCGCGAA